GGGGCGGCGCUGACAGUCUGGUCCGCGCUGGGCAGCGGGCGCAGCAGCGGGCAGGCGGCCGGCAGGCACACGGAGGCAGAGCCCCGCCGCGCGCGCCCCGGCCCGCGUCCAGCGCCGCACCCCGGCCCGCCCGCGGGCGCCCACCUGCCGCCCCGACGGGAGGCCUCCCGCGGCCGCAGCCGCUGCCCCGGGCCGGGCGCCCGCGGCGGCACCAUGAGUCCCCGCUCGUGCCUGCGUUCGCUGCGCCUCCUCGUCUUCGCCGUCUUCUCGGCCGCCGCGAGCAACUGGCUGUACCUGGCUAAGCUGUCGUCAGUGGGGAGCAUCUCAGAGGAGGAGACGUGCGAGAAACUCAAGGGCCUGAUCCAGAGGCAGGUGCAGAUGUGCAAGCGGAACCUGGAAGUCAUGGACUCCGUGCGCCGUGGUGCCCAACUGGCCAUUGAGGAGUGCCAGUACCAGUUUCGGAACCGGCGCUGGAACUGCUCCACACUCGAAUCCCUGCCCGUCUUCGGCAAGGUGGUGACGCAAGGUACUCGGGAGGCGGCCUUCGUGUAUGCCAUCUCCUCGGCAGGUGUGGCCUUUGCAGUGACGCGGGCAUGCAGCAGUGGAGAGCUGGAGAAGUGCGGCUGUGACCGGACAGUGCACGGGGUCAGCCCGGAGGGCUUCCAGUGGUCAGGAUGCUCUGACAACAUCGCCUACGGUGUGGCCUUCUCACAGUCGUUUGUGGAUGUGCGGGAGAGAAGCAAGGGGGCCUCGUCCAGCAGAGCCCUCAUGAACCUCCACAACAAUGAGGCCGGCAGGAAGGCCAUCCUGACACACAUGCGGGUAGAGUGCAAGUGCCACGGGGUGUCAGGCUCCUGUGAGGUGAAGACGUGCUGGCGAGCCGUGCCACCCUUCCGCCAGGUGGGUCACGCACUGAAGGAGAAGUUUGAUGGUGCCACUGAGGUGGAGCCGCGCCGCGUGGGCUCCUCCAGGGCGCUGGUGCCACGCAACGCACAGUUCAAGCCACAUACAGAUGAGGACCUGGUGUACUUGGAGCCCAGCCCCGACUUCUGCGAGCAGGACAUGCGCAGCGGUGUGCUGGGCACGAGAGGCCGCACAUGCAACAAGACAUCCAAGGCCAUCGACGGCUGUGAGCUGCUGUGCUGCGGCCGCGGCUUCCACACGGCGCAGGUGGAGCUGGCUGAACGCUGCAGCUGCAAAUUCCACUGGUGCUGCUUCGUCAAGUGCCGGCAGUGCCAGCGGCUCGUGGAGCUGCACACGUGCCGAUGACCGCCUGCCUAGCCCUGCACCAGCAACCACCUCAUGACCCAGGGAAGGCCCAUAAUUUAAACAGUCUCCCACCACCUACCCCAAGAGAUACUCGUUGUAUUUUUUGUUUUGGUUUGGUUUUUGGGUCUUCAUGUUAUUUAUUGCCGAAACCAGGCAGGCGACCCCAAGGGCACCAACCAGGGCCUCCCCAAAGCCUGGGCCUUUGUGGCUGCCACUGACCAAAGGGACCUUGCUCGUGCUUCUGGCUGCCCGCAUGUGGUUGCCACUGAACACUCAGUUGUUAUCUGUGUCCAUUUUUCUACUUGCAGACUUAAGGUGGAGUAACAAGGAGUAUUACCACCACAGAGCUACUAACCGUGUCAUCGGGGAAGAGGGGGCCUUAUGGCAGGGAAAAUAGGUACCGUCUGAUGGAAGUCACACCCUCUGGAAAAAAGAACUCUCAACUCUCCAGCACUCAUACACACACGGACUCCUGGCAGCUUAGGCCUAGAAACCAUGUCUCUCAAAAGCCCUGAGAAAGGGAACAAGCAGAUAACCAGGUCAAGGGCACCAGGUUCAUUUCCACCCUCACAUGGGCAGCUAGCAGUUCAAUCUCUGUAGGCCAUUCCAGGCAAGAAGAGGGAGGUGAGGCCUGCCAUCCUAGACCAGGGAUCCUAGCUGUGCCUUUGCAGUAUGCCCCUGAGUCACCUAUCACAGUGCUGUUCGUCCAUGAAACUGAAAAUGGAAAACACACACACACACACACACACACACACACACACACACACACACACGAGAGAGAGGGAGGAAAGAGAGGGCUGUGCAGUAAAGUCCUCUCCCAUUAUCUUACUCAACACCGUUUAUUGAGCAAAUACUAUGUGUUCUAGGCAGCCCUAUGGCCACAACAGUCCUGGGAAGCAGACAAAACAGGAAUGCUAGUGCCCAUCUGACGGCAGAGAGGGCAAUGCUCACCAGACCUCACAGCAAGCUGGAUAGAGAGGCAGAGCCAGGAGAGUCCUCCAGCCAAGGCUCCUCCUUGGUUCCUGUACACAGAGGCAGAGAAACUGCAGGUCUUCUUGGGGCUGAGCCUGGGGUAGGGGGGUUCUGGUUAGAGGAAAAGGGGCAGGAAAGCAGCAGGAGCCAGAGACCACAAACUGAGCUGCAGCCCACAUGGUUCCUGAGGGCAGAAUGGGCUCUGAGAGAAGACACGAACAGCUGACAGUGAGGUCUCAGCAGUGUACCCAUCCCCAGCACCUCUGGGUCCCUGGGGUCCCAGGUACCAUGGGUACUGCAAGAUUUCCCAAGAAACAGCACCAGCAACCCAGGCCUGACCCUGUGCAAACCAUCAGGAGCCCAGCCCAGGCUUGUGAGCGGGACAUGUAAGGAGCAGGAGCUUGCCCCUGAGCCAGCUGCUUCUCAGAUGGGCUCCCAAUCAGCCGAGGAACUUGCUGUCAGCCCAGUUUCCAGACUGCCCCCACAAUGGGGCUCUAAGUUUCAGGUCUGAAAUCUUGUGCUCUGUGAUCCCAUUUGGGGUUCCCACACUCCAAGCUCUUGGCUCCUGUGUUCAGUGGCUGAAUUCAGCACCCGAGAUUCGGGAUACGGGCUCCAGGCUGCAGAAACUUUUCUCCAGGCAUUGUGGCUUGUGCCUCCUAGUGUUGGCUUCCUCACAAAGACAGGGUCAACACCUUUGGCCCCCAGCCAAGAUCUCUGCUCAAUGUCCAUACAAGGAGGAAGCCAAAACCAAGUGAGGUGUGGAGCCACAUUCAAAUGUGGGGAUAAUCUUGGGGCAGGCCAGCUCUGAUGUGGAUGAAAAGCUGGGCCAACUGUCACCACAGCUGCCCAGCUAGGUGCACUGCUCCUCUGGCUAGCUGUUCAGCUGUCCACUAAGCCCAGAAAAAAUGCUACCCCUCACUAGCAGAGGCCAGACCCAGAAAAAGGGAAGUGAGGAGCCCUCCCCUCCCAGAGACAAAAGCUGAGCCACUUUCCCCACCCAAGGAACAGUAGGUCCAGGCUGGAUGCUGAUAUGAUGGGAAGUGCCCUUUUCACCUGCCAGGAAGCUCCUAAAGCAGAUCCUCCUGGGGUUCUGAAGGUUGUGACCUAGGUUAAUCAGAUCAGAUUCUAGGAACCACUGCCCAAGCCGACCACCACCAGUGCUGCAGAGGUCAAAGGAAUCCACAGCCACAGGAAAAGGAGCUUCUUUGGACAUGCCCAGCUCCAAACGGACCUGGGGGAACUGGCACAACCCUUACAUAACCCACUCCAUCUUGGCCCCACCAUGGCCUGGAAAUUGGCCAGAGGGUCCACGUCCUACCCAAACCACUCUCCUCUCAUCCCAAGGCAAAGGUGAUGUCCUUAGGCCUAGGGCUGGAUCAGCCCAGCUCUGGAUGCUGCUAACCCAUUCUGCUGCCCCGCCCCAUCCUCCAGUUUUUAUACGAGGCUCUUUGCCAUUGUGAUGUCCUCAUGGCAUAGUCUGAUGCAUGAUAAAAUGAUUAUUUCUUUAUCUUGCAA